CCGAGGGUUUGCCGGGGAUCAGAGGGCCCCCUGCCCUGCCUGGAUUAGAGGGGGCGCCAGGUGAGGCAGGCGCUCGGGGGGUUCCAGGACCACCAGGAGCCCAGGGUUCCAUUGGCAGCCCAGGGCCUGCAGGAAGACAGGGACCAAAGGGAGAAAAGGGGGAAGAUGGCAAAGGUGGACGUCAGGGAAAAUCAGGUCACAUUGGACGGAGGGGGAAAACAGGGAAGGCUGGAGCGCGGGGUGCAAGAGGACCCAAAGGAGGAAAGGGAGAGAAAGGGGAGCCUGGAGUGACGGGACCCCCUGGGAGACAGGGACCUUUCGGUAUCCCGGGCUUACGAGGGGAACAGGGGGAUCCUGGUUUGAAAGGCAGAGAGGGGGAGAAAGGGACAAUGGGCCCACCGGGGCCCCCUGGAGGAGACGGUCUGAAGGGCAGCCAGGGGACUCUGGGGGAAGUGGGACCAGCUGGGCUGAAGGGAGACCAGGGACACAUCGGUCCCAUCGGUAACCGUGGAGACCCAGGAAUGCCUGGACUACCUGGUCUGUUUGGAGAAAAGGGCCUGAAAGGGUUUGAAGGACUGCCAGGACCAGCUGGUCAGAGGGGACUGCCUGGGCCACCUGGCCCCCCCGGUCCACCGGGGCCCUCAGUGAACCUCACUCUGACAAAGAUAAAGGACCUGAUGUACGUGUCGGACAGACCCAAUUACCCGCUGAUCCAGACGCUGCUGGACUCGCUGCAGAGGGACCUGAGGCUGCUGCUGGACCCGCCUGACGGAACCAAGGAGUACCCAGCCUCCACCUGCCUGGAGCUGUGGCUCUGCCAGCCCAGCUUCCCCAGCGGGAUGUAUUACAUCGACCCAAACCUGGGCAGCCCUGUGGACGCCCUCCUGGUGUACUGUAACUUCUCCACAGCCGGGGGGCAGACCUGCGUCCCACCCAGGAGAGAGCAGGUGCCCAUUAAAGCUUGGCUGAAGGACUCCGGGACGGAAAGCUCUUUCCAUUGGCUGAGCGCGUUGGAGAGGGGCUUCCAGUUUGAGUACCCAGGUGCCAGUGUGGUCCAGAUGCGGUUCCUCCGGCUGAACAGCCACUCAGCCACACAGAGAGUGACCUUCUCCUGUGGCCAGGGCGGCAGGCUGGGGUCGGGGGAGAGAGAGAUCAAGUUCCUGGCUGACACACGCAGGCAGAGUUUCUUGGGCGCCCUGAGGGACUGUGUGCCCGUGGAAGGAGGGGAUUCUGGGCCGCAGCAGUCCACGUUUCAGUUCGAGGAGCUGGACCUGCUCCCGAUCCGGGACCUGGCGGUGCUGGGCAACGGCAGCCUCACACAGGAGUUUGGCUUCACCAUCGGGCCCGUGUGCUUCAGCUAAGGAGGGUCCCCCUUUCCCACACCCACCCACCCAACGCGCUCACUCCCCCAGCGGUCACACCUCUCCUUACAGCAGGGCCACACACCACUGCAAACUGGACCAGGAGAAGCCAGGAGAAUGCAAGGGACAAAGGGAAUCUCUACUCCUCUAUCCCAUAAUUCCUUGUUUCAGUUCGUCACCAGCGAGAGGAAGCUGCGCUAGCAGGACCAUGCUCUCUCCCUUCUCACCGGGCUUACUGUACUGUACUGUACUGUACAGUCGUCUCACAUUUUACUCGUAUUUAAGACUCCCUAUGAGAGUGGCAACAUUAACAGGAAUGGGUUCUCUCGAAGGACUACAGUACCUUUUUUAUUGCCUUUACUUUUGCUUGUUUGAAUUUUUGGUGUGUUUACAGAGACAUGUAUAUUGAAACAUUUUGCUAAUUUAUAUAUUUUGUGUUUUUUUUUUGGUUUGAUUUCAUAUAUAAUGGUACUUUUUUCUUGUUAAUCCAGGUUUUUUAAUAGCAGUGGUAUAAAUGCUGUACAGUCAUUUUUCUUUUAUUUUGUUUUUACUUAAUCGGCUCACACUGACUUUGAUGUUCAUGUGUUCAAGGCCCUGAGAGCUGUUGCUAAUAGUAUGGUAGACUUAUCUUGCACAACUUCAACAAUGUGUUCCCGCGCAAGAGAACACAGCUAAUAUUCUCUCAGAUGCGCACUACUACUACCUCCCUUAAGGGUUUGUCGGUUAGUUGAGUCUCUCGGUAACUGACUUACGUUUGAAAAUCUCACAAGUAACAAACUGGUGCCCAACUUACUCUCUUCAGUUCACUCAAACAGUAAGUGUGGUGCAGGGGUUGGCAACCCUGGUCCUGGAGAGCCGCAGGGUAUGCUGGCUCUCGUUGUUACUCAGAACUUAAUUGAUCAGUGAAAGCAGUUGGUUACACAGUUAACUCUCCUCACCUGGUUUCUUGGGUCUGAAUCGGUUGCUGAUCUUAAGGUGAAAACAAAAACCAGCACAGCCUGCAGCCCUCCAGGACCAGGGUUGCCCAUCUUUGGUGCAGUGUCUUAACCUUAACCUAAUGCGAAAAUAGGAUGAAUACCCGGCCACACUCUGAAAACUCAAACUGAAUAAGUUGCUCUUGCAGCUCAUUCCCUACCUGACAGGUAUUUCCCAUUUCAUGUUGCUGGCAUUCACAAGAGUAAGAAGAGUUUUCAGAAUAUUAUGCUCCUGUCUUUCCAGUGCCAGUGACAUAGGAACAUAUGAAUGGAUAUGUUCCUCUAUCAGAGGAUGUUUAAAAAUCCAUAUCCAUAUUCCGAAUUCCCAGGAAGCAGCUUCACAAGACACAGAAUAAUUAUUCUUAGGAAGGCUAUCACAAGAGAACACAACAGAACAUCUUUCUUCUGCUGAAACCCUUAGGGAUGGUCACUGAGAAAGGUCUUUGACCUGUGGGAAAUGUGUGUUAAAAUGGUGCUUUGCGGUACUCCGAGACACUGGGGGUAGACGGCGGAGAUCUCAGGUUAAACAACUUACGCUGUUAAACGAAUGCACGUUUCAAAAUAACAGCAGCUGUGUACAACAUUGACAAAAUUUGUAACGACAUUAUAAAUGUUACACCUCAGCAACGAUGGGGCUGAGUCUUUUGUGUUUGUACUGCAGGGUAUUUCAUAUUUGCUUCAUAAUGAAAUAUGCUGACACAUUUCUCCUUUGCUAACUGACCAACAAUUCAGUUAACAUAGACUUCAGGGAAUCGUAAACCUCCAAAGUACCUACCAUUUUCAGCCUCCUGCCCAUCAAGGCUAAUCAGAAGAGACACAUCUCGUUGUCUCCUGCUGGAAUUGCUGUAGUCAGUGCAGUCGUACACUGAGCAAGAAUACCUGCAACCUUGGACAAAAAAACGCUCUUAAAGGCUGCAGGCCAUUUUGUUUUUGCUUGUUAAGUAUGUGUCCACUGUUCUGUUCAGCCAGCAGUACUGUUUCUGCAGUGAACAUGAAUAAGAUCAGUAACUGUUCCACUGUCAUUUUUUACCUACCAUGUGCCCAAGGUUUCCCUUCUGGUACAUUGUUGCAUAGUUUCAGUGAACCUUGAAAUCAAGCCCGAGUACACAUUAUAAGUGGGAACAUAUCAGUUUUGAAUAUGGUUGACUUAGCUGGCUGAGACUAAUCCAUUGGUGCUACCUGAUACAGCAUUUUUUUUUCCAGUCAAUUUUAUUUUUUGUAUUAUUAGCAUACUUGCUGCAAUAUUUUUUUAUGAAAUGAUAUGCUGGUCAUUUGUUUUUUGUUUUUUGAAAGGUUCAUCCUUGAAUUCACAGCAAUGUAUCAUAUCAAUAAACAGUUACUUUACUCA